UCUUGUGUAGUAUGAAGUGUUUUGGUCUGUUUUCAUAGUGCAAAUUAUUGUGACUGUGAAGCAUUGAAAAUGAAACCUAACGUUUGGAAUAUUAACGAGCUCUUGAAUAUCCCUGCAUAUUCUGGGGGAAUAAAAACGAGUAAAGGGUCCGGAAACAAUGACUACUCCAGACAGACUGAUUCCCAGUUUCUGCUGGGCUCUCAAUUCUGGCCUGAAAAUUCACAGAGCUUUUCUCAGGAUAUGACUGGCCAAAAUGCAGGCUCUCAGAAAAACUCACAAUCACAGGAGAAAAUGACGGUGUCUGCCAGUUAUAGUUCCAAGCCAUUUUUGUUUAGUGAUGGCAAAAUCCCAAAUUUCACUGGUAAUAAAGCUGUUGGCAUGUUGGACAGAUUUGAAGAGGAGAAGAGAAAUGCCAAAGAAAAAUAUGAAAGAGAAAAUCUCACUCAUAAAAUUCUACAAUUGCAGGAGUCUCUGGAAAGUAUCAGAGAGACAUUGUUAAAUCGCAUCGAGGGAAGUAAUGACAGAACCAGAGAAGUCUUAGUGGAGAGAAUGGAUAAUUUUUCCAAAACAAUUGAGGAUUAUUUAAACAGUGUAAGAGAGGGUAUAACAUGUCAUUUUGAGACUCUGCAGAGCCAAACACAAAAUGGGCUAGAGGAUAGGGAAGCCAAGAUCAGUCUGGCUACAAAAGAUUUAAACUCAAACUUCCUUAACCUGCAACGGGAUUUGGAGCAUCUGAAAGCAGAGCAGAGCAAGGAACAGGGAAUGCUAGGAAAGAUUCUGUCUCAGCUUGGCACUUUGACUGCUAUUCACAGUCCGACAGUAGGACGUGUCUCUGCCAGAAUGAUUGAUAGUGAAGUUCAGACAUCUCCUGGACUAUUAGAGAGGUUCAUGUCAGCUGAAAAACAUGAGAGCAUGAUGCUUUGUCCAUUUAAAACACCUAAAGCACAAAACAGAAAUACACAUGUCCUGCCUGUGCGAGGACAGCAGCAGCUAAAGCAAACAGAAGUCAGGUCAGAGUAUUCCAUAACAAGCCCACCUGCUAAUUCUUCAUUCAUUACACCCAUCGAGGACCCCAACAAGGAGUUUUUAGAUAGACCCCUUGUGCAUUUCGAACCAGAAAAGCCUUUGCAUGCAGGUGAAAAUCGGCAGAAACGUUCCUGUGAUGCUUUGCCACCACCAAAGGUUCUCAGAAGACGCCAAAAGGCCCUAAAUUUCAGAGGUAAAAAAAGAGCAUUGGUUCUUCCACAAAGACAGUCAGUGAGACAAAAAGAGGCUCUACAGCUCUCCAACAACAACCAGCAGAAUGAAGACCUAAAAGGUGAACAAAAAGGCACAGCACCUCUGUCUUCUGUUUGUGACAGCUGGUUAAUGCCCAACAAGUCUGUUGCAGAGAAUCACUUAAAAUCUGGAAAACUGCAAACCACUGUAGCUCCAGUCAGUAUGUGUGCAGCUGAACAACCACUAAACCCUUUCAGUAUGUGGUCACAGGACACAAACAACUCCCAAAUGAUUGUGGAGUACAAGAUGACCAAGUGGGAAAAAGUGGUGCCUGAACCAGAAGUCAAUGUCAUAACAGGAGAAGGAGGCCUUUGGCAGCUUUUCGACUUUAAUAAUGACUCAGAAUAA